AUGGGUCAUCCAGUGACUGAAGUAGCGAAUAAGAUAUCAUGGUUUUGUGUUGUGUUGUUGGGAAUAAUGCUAGUGUUGAACUUCUGCGAGUCCAUAACUUCUACAGCAGAGCAAGCGGAGAAGCUAAAUGUUUACAGUUUGACGAGAAGAGCAUGCGACGAGAUUUACGUGGUGGGAGAAGGAGAGACACUGCAGAGCAUAAGUGAAAAGUGCGGGGAUCCGUAUAUUGUUGAGUUCAAUCCUCAUAUUCAUGAUCCUGAUGAUGUUUUUCCAGGCCUUGUUAUCAAAAUUACUCCUAAUUUUAGCAACUUAUAG